UCAUCAAACAACAUGGCGCCAGCAGGCAGCUGGCCUGCAUAUACGAACGCCAGGGCACUUUUUUCUAUAGAACAUUAGCGGACAAGUAACUAUUGUAACGCAGCAUCGCUUUUCGACUACGCGAACUUUUUUUCGUCUUAUUGAACGACGACGGGUUUGUCCUCCGACCUUUUAGCAGCCAUAUAAACUUACCAGAAGUGCUACUUUGGAAAACUCACCUGCUUACGCUUCUAUAAAGUACACAUCGUUCUGAAUUCGCCUUUCUUGGAACCGUUAUGCAUCACCCAAGCAGUGCCUUGGUGAGGCUCAAAGUGGAGUGAGAGGAUUGCGUUCUUUUUAGACACCCUUACAGGACGUACUCGUAUACUUUUUUGAGGGGAAAAUGCCAAGUGACUGCGUUCGGAAUAAGAGAUUUGAAAGGACGAAAUGCAUCUAAACAUGAGUGAAAAUAAUUCCCCAGUGGACGACAGGGAACGAGACAGGCUUCCGCCUAUUUUUAAUCAUGGUUUGGAGCGGGGAUCGAAGGCGCCCUGCUCAGCCUAUGGAAACUUCUUCUCCUCCGUGAGUCAGAAGAGAGAAGCAGCCGGCCACGGGCUGUCCUUGCCCCUCAUCCUACCUGCCAUCCGACAAGUGGGGGGGUUCGUGAGAGAUCUCCCCCCAAUCUGUGCGGCCGUGAAGCAGAAGCAUCGCAUCUCCCUGGACAUUCUGCCCCCCGAGGUCAAAGCCCGCUACCCGUCUGACCCCAUCAUCCCCAUACGCACCAAGACAACCAAAGAGUUUCAGGAAGAUAUUGAGAAGGCCACCCUCUCAGGUGACUGGAAGCACGUCCAUGAUUUUUACUUGACCACAUUCGACUCCUUUUUGGAACUCAAUGCAGCCUUUAAGAAAGAGGCAAAUGCUCCAUUUAAUACAACGGAAGACUCAGGAAUUAACACCAAAUUUGUCAACGCUGUUUACGAUGCAAUACUCCAUACACCGCCUGAAACACAGAAGGCCGUAUUAAAAGGCAUCAUUAAUAGUUUAUUACGGGAAUGGAAAGGGCCGCGGACGAAAGACGACCUGAGGGCCUACUUUGUUCUGCUGCAGAGCCCCCAGUACACCACCACGGGUACCUACGUCAUCUUUGCACACCUACUACGGAAGAUCAGCUGCCUGGCAGAGGCUGACCACCAUUUCCUCAUGCACUGGCUCAAGAAGCUGUCUCCUAAGCGCUUCAAGCAGCUGGUGGAGCGACUGCAGCUCUUCAUCAGUACGCGUCUGUUCCCCGCCCGGCCCGACGAGCUGCCGCCCAUGGCCAAAUGCUCAUGGUGGAUACCCGCCGCCGUCAAGGUCCUCUCCCUACUCAACGCAGCCAACAGCAUUGCCGUGGCGCCCAUCCUGCCCUUCGCCGACUUCUACAACACGACACUGGACCACACCGACUUUAUGGAGGACUUCCGCACCUGGCAGGCACACGGCAACUCCAACAGGUUCUCCUUCUGCCAGUUCCCCUUUAUCCUGUCGGCGGUGGUGAAGAAGGCCAUCCUCCAGCGGGACUCGGAGCAGCAGAUGAUCAGCAUGGCCAGGCAAACCCUGGUGGACAAGGUGUCCCGUAGGCAGCGUGUGGACAUGAGCCUGCUCUUCCUCAACAUUAAAGUCAGACGCCUGCAGCUGGUCAGCGACUCCCUGGAUGAGCUGGCGAGAAAGCGGGCGGACCUGAAGAAGAAGCUAAAAGUGACGUUUGUUGGCGAGGCGGGCCUGGACAUGGGCGGCUUGACAAAGGAGUGGUUUCUUCUCCUGAUUCGACAGAUUUUUCACACAGACUACGGUAAGACGCAAGGCCCAAACAGUACCAGAGCAGCCAAUAUGUAAUAAUCAGAAGCAGUGUAAGAGGAUGGAGAAUAACAACCAAAUGCAAGCUGCAGUGCAGUCAUGGCCCAUUUUUAGAGAAAGAAAAUGGUAGCUGAGGUAGCAGUGUGCGUGUGUUUGUGCGUGUGCGUGUGCGUGUGCGUGUGUGUGUGCGUGUGCGUGUGUGUGUGCGUGUGUGUGUGUGUGCACUACUUAUUGCUAAUGAUUUUACCAAUCACUCUCUUCACAUACCAAGCUGCCAAUCUUAUAAGCACUGCUGCAGCUGCUGUCAUUGUAUGUGUGUGUGUGUGCAGGGCCGGUGACAGCUUUGGCCAAGCCCCACAGCCGAAUACAUACUUGGUAAUAAGGACCCAAUUCUGUGCCCCCUCUCUCCCUGGGCCCAGGACAACUCUAGCUAUGCUAGUGCUGUAGUUACACCAUGAACUUACUUGAAGUUUUACUUUUGACACCUCUGCUAAUAAACUCAUCCACCUGGCUGGAGAUUAGGAUCAGC